GGGGCGGGGCCUUGCGUGGAGCCGCGCGCAGGAUCACGUGGCGGAAGAGGGCGCGUUCUGCUGUAGGUUUCCUCGGUGCCCAGAGUUGAGGUUUUGAUUUGGUGCUUCGCUUCCUUUCGCUCCCGUCGUGUCUGUUCUGCGCUUCUCAUACCACACGCAUGCUCUCUGUUGCAGCAGGGCAUGACUACAGGAUGUUACUUCAGGCGAUCUCUUGUGAUCCAUUUAUUAAAUACACCUCGAGUACCUGCUGCAUGUCGGGCACGGUUGGAAAAGCACUAGCAAGUAAACAAAUUUUAAAGGUCGUCAGGGGAGAAGUUUGUUAAAGGGUUUUCUAACCUGCUGGUGUUACUCUGUGACCAUUUUGCCAGACUUCUUCAGGAUGGCAUUCUGCAAACUGGACCUAGGAUUAAGAAUCAUCUGAUGUGCUUCUUAAAAAGUGUUAAAUCUCCGUCCUUCAUUACAUGUGCCCUCCCCCAGUUCACUUUGGUGUAGCCCAGGCAUCUUCAUUUUUAACAACCCUCCCAAGUGUUCUUAACAGGGGAAGCUGGUUUGAUAUUUCACUAACUGUUGAACCCUAAUUCGUCCUAGGUUAUAGUCUCAGGCAUAUUGAUGAGGGAGAGUGUCUAGUUAUUUUUUCCACAAGUAUUUAUCAAGUACAUGUGAGAUGGUUCUUGGGCUGACUAGACUUACUGAGUGGGUGGAAGCUGUUGUACAUUUUAAGGGUAUAGCUAAGAAUAAACAGGUGUAAGUGCCCUGGAGCAUAAUAAAAUAUUGUGGGCACAAUAAAGUAAUAUAACUAAUUUCAGGUAGUUCUGUAAAGACAAUAAGCAGUGGAAGUGGGGAAAUAAUUUUGAUUGAAUCCUCAAAAUAAGUCUGAGGAUAAACCAUCCAAACUGAGACAUACUAUGAUAUGGAUCUUAAAUGUCCCUCAAAGGUCCAUAUACUAAAGGUUUGGUUGCCUGCCUGUGGCACUCUUGGGAGGUGCUGAUAUCUUCAGGAGCUGGGGGGCCUAGUACACCCAAGUUAGUUCAUUGGGUGUGCCUUUACUGGGGUACUGGGACUCAGCCACUUUCCCUCCCCAUUUGCUUCCCCGCCUCUGUUAGCUGAAAAGAUCUCUGCCAAACACUCCAUGAUGUACUGUAUUGCCACAGACCCAAAGCACUGUGCAAAGCCCAUGGAAUGAAACUGUGAGCCAAAAUGAAUCUUUCCUUCUUUUAAGUUGUUUAUCUUAGGUAUUUGUUACAGCACAGGGAAGCUAACAUACCUAAAUUACAACAAGAAAUCACACGCAUAUGAAUCUAUACAGAAAGAUCCUUCUAGGAAGGGAUAAUUGCAAGUACAAUGGCACAUAUCCAGAGGGAUCAUUCUGUCAUGUAGGAACUAAGAGGCCAGUGUAGCUGGAGCUCAAAAAGCUAAGGAAGCAAGUACCAGACAAUACAGGGUCUUAGAGAUCAUGGUGAAGAGUCUAGUCUUGACCUUAAGGGAGGAUGGGUCUAUAUCUAGACAAGUCAACAAGUCAGACUGUUUUCAUGGUCCUGAUUCUGUCCACACUGUUCCUUGAAGUCCCCAGGCCUCCAGACUUUUGCAUUCGUUCUUCCCUCUUCCUAGAAAGCUCUGCCACUGCAUGACUCACACUCUAUUCUCUAAGGAUUGCAUCAAAUGUCACCUAUCUGUGGCCUAAUUCUCUCUCUACCCCUUAUUCACACCUCACUAUUCUAUUUUCUCCACAGAAUUUCUCUCUUUUAACACAUUUUGUGAUUUUCCUGUUAUCUCUUUGCUCAAUAGAAUGGAUGUUCCAUGGUGUUUUUAUUUCUGGCUAAAGAUAAUUAUCCCCAUGCUGAGAAAUUCCUGGCAUAUAGUGCUCAGAAAUUAGUUACAUGAGUCAGUGAAUGAAGGAAUGGUUUACAUAUCUUUUCCAUCAGAUCAAAGUACUCUAACCAAGAACUAACUUGAGUUAGUCUUUUGUGUUGCUAUAACAAAGUACCUGAGACUGCCUACUUUAUAAAAAAAGAGGUUUAACUCACAGUUCAGAGAGCGAAAGUCCAACAUUGGGUGGCCUUUGGUGAGAGCUACUUGGCUGCAUCACAGCAGAGUGGGAGGCUUUAAGGCAGUAGCAUGUGUUAGAGGAAAGCAGCACGUGCAGAAGAGAGAUGACAUGGCUAGAUAAGAAGCAGGAGAGCAAGUGGGGAAAGCCAGGCGCACCUCACAACAGCCCACUCUCGAGGGAACUCAUCCAGUCUGAGACCUGACCUACUGCCUGGAGAGGGAUUAACCUUUCUGAAGGUGCAUGCCCAGUGACCAGUGUACCUUACACUAGGCUUCGCCUCUUGAAGAUUGACCACCUCUUGUUACUGUACAUUGGGUACCAAAAUUGCAAGUGCCAAAGAGAUGGAUGAGACUGUUGCUGAGUUUAUCAGGAGGACCAUCUUGAAAAUCCCCAUGUAUGAAAUGAUGACAAUCUUAAAAGCCUGGGAUUUUUUAUCUGAAAACCAACUGCAGACCAUAAACUUCCGGCAGAGAAAGGAAUGUCUGGUUCAGGACUUGGUUCUGCUGUGUGAGGAGAAGUGUGCAAGUCUCAAUGACGCAGCCCUUUUAGACAUCAUUUAUACUCAAGUUCAUCGGCACCAAAAAGUUUGGGAUGUUUUUCAGAUGAGUAAGAAACCAGAUGAAGACAUUGAUCUUUUUGAUGUGGAACAAUUCAAAUGUUCAUUUAAGAAAAUUCUUCAGAGAGCAUUAAAAAAUGUGACAGUCAGCUUCAGAGAUGCUGAGGAGAAUGCAGUCUGGAUCCGAAUUGCUUGGGGAACACAGUGUACAAAGCCGAACCAAUACAAACCCACAUAUGUGCUGCUUUACCCCCAGACUCCCUAUGCCUUCACCUCCUCCAAGCUGAAGAGCUUUAUGCCCCUUCUGGGUCAGGCACUGACAGUUGCUAGCAAACACCAUCAGAUUGUGAAAAUGGACCUGAGAAGCCGACACCUGGACUCCCUCAAGGCUAUUGUUUUUAAACAGUAUAACCAGACCUUUGAAGAUCACAACUCUACAACACCUCUGCAGGAAAGAUGCCUGGAACUAGAUGUAAAUGUGGAUUCAAGGAUCAUUCAUGAAAACACAGUAGAAAAAGAGAGAGUCCAAAGAGUAACUCAAGAAACUUUUGGAGACUACCCUCAACCACAACUAGAAUUUGCACAAUAUAAGCUUGUAACAAAGUUCAAAAGUGACUUAAAUGGGGGCAUCUUGGCUGAGAGGAAAGAACCCCUCCGAUGCCUAAUAAAAUUCUCUAGCCCACAUCUUUUGGAAGCAUUGAAAUCCUUAGCACCAGCUGGUAUUGCAGAUGCACCACUUUCUCCACUGCUCACUUGCAUACCGAACAAGGGAAUGAAUUAUUUUAAAAUCAGAGACAAAUAAGAUAUAUAUGGUUUUGUAAGCCCAGUGACUCCUUGGCAAUGGUGCACAUAUAUUCCAGUUAAUGGCUAACUGGACAGCUUCUGGCUAUAAGCUUGUACUUUAGAAAUUAAUCCUUGGUAUUGAAAAUGUAGAAGUGUUCAUAUAAUUGUUGGGGCCAAUUUGUUCCUCCUUAUGCCUUCCCUCCCACUUUUCCUGCUAAAUAUAGUAGUUGUGGGCAUUUGAGAGGUGACAGCAUAUGUACAGGGCUCUGGAUUGACCUUGAGUGCAGAAUGCUCUGAAGCCAAGAAUAUGGCAUCAUGGCUGAUCCUGUUGGCAUCAUAUCUAGUGUCCUUCUUCCUGCUCCUGCCUCUACUUGAUCCUAGAGAGGUUCAGUUCAAUUGUUGGUGUCUAGGGAUAUUCUUUUAAGCCUUGAUCAAUUGAAAGGACCAUCAAGGAACUAUAGUUCCCAACUCAGAAAUUCUAGGAGAAUCUAAAAUUAGUCCAUUCAUAGUAGAGCUGGGUCCACAAAGUUAUUGUAGGAAGUUACAUAUCCAAUGACUCACUUAUAUAAAAUAAUUUUUUCAUUGUAAAUAUGAUACCUUUCAUAAUGUAUUUUAUCAUAUGUGUAACAUCCAAACUGACCAUUAUAAAACUGAUUUGUGAAUAAA